GCUCACUAUCUCCCCCCAGUAUUUCCUUUCACUUUCGAUCUCUGGCUGUCACCCGGCGUGGCCCCUUCCACACCCAGCUGGGGCAAGCCUGAUCCGGCCACAGGCAUGAGGGGCCCCGGGCCGAAAUGAUAGUGCUGGCGCCAGCCUGGAGCCCAACUACCUCGCUGCUGCUGCUACUGCUGCUGCUCAGCCCCCGCCUCCGCGGGGCCCCGGACUGCUCCUUCCCCCACAGCCCCAUCUCCUCCACCUUCACCAGCACCAUCGGCAAGCUGUCUGACUACCUGCUUCAAGAUUACCCAGUCACUGUUGCCUCCAACCUGCAGGACGACGAGCUCUGUGGGGCUUUCUGGCGUCUGGUCCUGGCCCAGCGCUGGAUGGGACGGCUCAAGACUGUGGCUGGGUCCCAGAUGGGGAAACUGCUGGAGGCUGUCAACACCGAGAUACACUUCGUCACCUCAUGUGCCUUCCAGCCCCUCCCCAGCUGUCUUCGCUUCGUCCAGGCCAACAUCUCCCACCUCCUGCAGGACACUUCCCAGCAGCUGGUGGCCUUGAAGCCCUGGAUCACGCGGCGGAAUUUCUCCAGGUGCCUGGAGCUGCAGUGUCAGCCGGACCUGAUCUCCAAAUAAGGGCACAUUCCGAGGUACUGUGGGUUAGGAUUUCAUCGUAUGAAUUUUGAGGGACACAUUCAACCCCUAAAAGAGAGAGUGUGUGUGUGUAUGUAUGUGUAUCUAUGUAAUUUUUUCACACAUGUAGCUUUGUGUAACCACAUGUGAGUUUGUGCAACUAGAUCUCGUCCUAAAACUCCCAUCCUAACCCCUGUCAGCCAGUAAUCUGUUCUCUAUAAUGAUGUUAUUGAAUUUAUUAUUAUUAUUAUUUUUUUUUUUUUGGCUGUGCUGCAUGGCUUGUGAGAUCUUUGUUCCCCAACCAGGGAUCAAAGCCAUGCCACCUGCAGUGGAAGCGCAUAGUCCUAACCACUGGACCGCCCGGGAAUUCUGUGAUGUUAUUGAAUUUAUUUAUUUAUUUAGCGGAGCCUUAACCACUGGACCACCAGGGAAGUUCCUUGAAUUUAAUUCUCAUAAUUUUAUAAAUUUUAAAAUAAUAUUUAAAUCACAAAUUUUGGGAGGGUGCACGCCCCGCAACUUGUGGGAUUUUAGUUCCCUGAUCAGGGAUCGAACCACGGCCCUCGGCAGUGAGAGCUCAGAGUCCUAACCACUGGACUGCCAGGGAAGUCCCUAAACCAGAAAUUUUACUAACUCUAUAUUUUUUAUUUAACCCAAUAUAUUUUAACCCAAAAUAAUAUCAUUUCAACACAUAAUCAAUAUUUUUAAAAAUUACUUCAUGAGGUAUUUCACAUCCUUUUUUCCCUACUAAGUCUUUAAGAAGUGGUGUGUAUUUUACACGGACAGCACAUCUCAGUUCAGAUUGGCCGCAGGUCACAUAUUUAUUCGCCACGUGAGGCAAGUGGCCGCCAUAUUGGAUGGGCCAGCCCUAAAGUUUCAAAGUGGGGAAUUCCCUAGAGGUCCAGUGGUUAGGACUCUGAGCUUUUGCCGCCAAGGGCACAGGUUCAGUCCCUGGUCAGGGAGCUAAGAUCCUGCAAGCCACGCGGUGCGGCCAAAAAAAAAAAAGUUUCAAAGUGAAAUAACUUUAUUAGCAUAUGACGAGAGACCACGCCCUGUGAAAACUUAACUUGCUCAGUUUAUUAAGGUUUCCUUUACGGCCAAGUAUAUAAUCAGUUUUGUAACUGAACAAGGUCUUAGGAAAAUAAUAGUUUGUUUUGGUUUUUGGUACGAUCAGGGUUGAAUCAGUGUGUAUAUAUUCUAUCAACCUUAUCUUGGUAUUAUUCAGAGACUUUCUGUCUUCGUUAUAUUUAUCUACAAGAUGUGUCAAGUUCUGAGAGGGAUGGUUAAAAACCUCCCGCUCUAGGGACUUGCCUGGCGGUCCAAUGGUUAGGACUCCAUGCUUCCACUGCAGGGGGGCACAGGUUCCAUCCCUGGUCAGAUCCCGCAAGCUGUGCAGGGGGUGCACAGACACAAGAAAACCUCCCACUCUAAUUAUAUUCUUCUCAGUUUCUUCCUGCAUUUCCAAUCAUUUAGUCAUUUAUAUAUAUUUUUUAAUUUAUUUAUUUUUGGCUGCGUUGGGUCUUCAUUGCUGCGCGCGGGCUUUCUCUAGUUGCGGCGAGCGGGAGCUACUCUUUGUUGCAGUGCGCGGGCUUCUCAUUGCAGUGGCUUCUCCUGUUGCGGAGCACGGGCUCUAGGCGCAUGGGCUUCAGUAGCUGUGGUGAGUGGGGUCAGUAGUUGUGGUGCAUGGGCUUAGUUGCUCCGCGGCAUGUGGGAUCUUCCCGGACCAGGGAUCGAAGCCAUGUCCCCUGCAUUGGCAGGCGGAUUCUUAACCACUGUGCCACCAGAGAAGUCCUAGUCAUUUAUAUUUAACGUUGUCAUUUGUAUUUACAUGUAUCACUAAUCAUUCAUUCAACCAACCUUUAUUAACCAUCUCCCUGGCGCCUGGCAUUGGAGACACAGCACAGAACAAGUUCAAGUCCAUGUCCAUGGGAGGCUGACCUGCUAAUCAAGGAGACAGACGAUAAACAUGUAAACAUAUAAUUAAUCAGGAAAGUGAGUGUAAUGAGACCCAUGCAGGCAAAUUAAAACAGGGUGAUGGAAUCAUGGGCUGAGGUGGUUAGCUGGAAAGUCACUGAAAGUUGUGAAAAAGGGAACAGCCAGUGCAAAGGCCCUAAGGCAGAAACCUGCCUACCUGUUUAAGGAAUCAUGAGGAGGCCCCAGUGGCUGAGGCCAAGUAAGCAAAGGGGAGAAGGUGGGUGGUGAGGGUACAGAAGGAACAAAGGGGCCCAGAUCAAGUGGGGCCUUGUGAGACAUCAUAGCUUCACACUUUGUAUCUUUCAUCGUUCUAUUAUCUGUCCAUUCAUCCACUCAGAUAUUUACUUUAUGUAAAUUAAACUAUUAGUUAGUAAGCACUAAGUAGUAGGUUCUGGCAAUAAGCCUCCUGUCACCCUCGUGUAGCUCAUAGACUAUUGGGGGAAGAAGACAAAUAAGCAAAUCGAUACAUAAGCACUAGACACACAUUUGUCCCUUUAUAAAAUAAAAUGUAGGGAAUUCCCUGGAGGUCCACUGGUUAGGACUUCCACACUUCCACUGGCAGAGGCCUGGGUUUGAUCCCUGGUCGGGGAACUAAAAUCCCACAUGCCGUGUGGGCAAAAAGAAAAAAAAAGUACAAUGAUAUAUUUGAAAUAAAAAGUUAUUAAUGGCUUUAAAAAAUAAAUAAAAUUCAACCUUACUACAUGCUAGACACUGUUCUAAGCACUUUCGGUAUAGUCAUGCAUUUAAUCUUUGUGACAACCUUAUGAAGUCGAUACAAUAAUUAUCCCCAUUUUAUGGAUGAGGCGACUGAGGCCCAGAGAAGUGAGCAGCCCACCUGAGGUCACACAGCAGGACCAGGCAGGCCUUUUUUUCCUUCCCUGGCCUGCCCCUUCUUCUCAGUCACCCAGCCUCCUCUCUCCUGGCAGACUCCUCCACCCUGCUGCCCCCAAGGAGUCCUGGGGCCUUGGGGGCCACAUCCCUGCCGGCCCCACAGGCCCCUCUUCUGCUUCUCUUGCUGCUGCUCCUGCUGCCCGUGGCCCUCCUGCUGCUGGCCGCUGCCUGGUGCC